CUCUCGCUGGCUCGCCUGCUGAAUCUCAAGGAAGAAAGACUCAAGCUUGACAAGGUUUGCUUUGCAAGGGGUGCAUAUACGCCAAUAGUGUUGAGGAACGCGCGGAGCUUGGUCGGAAGAGGAAGGAACUUCUCCUUUGCUGGUCAAUACAAAGAUGUCUAUCCUCGAGUACAAUGGUGCGGCCAUCCUGGCCAUGACCGGCAAGAACUGCGUGGGCAUCUGCUCCGACAGCCGCCUCGGAAACCAGGCGCAGACCGUGGCAACAGACUUCGAGAAGAUAUUCAAGAUGGGGGAUAAACUCAUGGUGGGGCUACCAGGGCUGGCGACGGACGUGAUCACAAUGAAGGAGCUGCUGACCUUCCGACUCAACCUCUACCGCCUUCGGGAGGAGCGAGAGAUCAAGCCGGAGACCUUUUCGGCGCUCAUGUCCCACAUUCUCUACCAGAAAAGGUUUGGUCCGUACUUCGUGGAGCCGAUCGUGGCCGGGUUGAAAGAGGACAACACUCCCUUCAUAUCGGCGUUCGACCUCAUCGGGGCGCCCGUGGUGACCGAUGACUUCGUUGUGGGGGGGACUUGCACCAACAACUUGUACGGCAUGUGCGAGAGCUUCUACAGGCCAGACAUGGACAAGGACGAGCUCUUCGAGACGAUGGCUCAGUGCCUCUUGACUUCGGUAGAUCGCGAUGCACUCAGCGGGUGGGGGGGCGUGGUUCACAUCAUCACGCCAGAGGGUAUCAUGUCCAAGACGCUCAAGGGUCGACAGGAUUAGAGAAGAGGCUGGGAGCUACCGAUAUGCAUAGGACUGAAGCUUGGGAGUUAAAAAAGCUGCCACAAUUAUGUGGACAACCGCGGAACAGACGAAGCUCAAAUUAGGCGCUAUCUAGCAUCUGAUGUCGUUGCCACCAACCGAACAACUGCUAUUUUCUGGCAAGAAAGGGCGUGGCUGAAAUGAUCACGUGUCCGAGGGCGGGGUAGGGAAGAGCACAACACGCGUCGUUUCUGUCAAGUGUGGCAGAGAAAAAGUCGUCUUGGGGGGUCGUACUGUGCUUGAUUCUGCGGAGCGACCCCGCUAGAUGGUUCGCCUGCCCAGGGCAAGAUAGCUGCUCGAAUACUUGAGAGUAUGGCCUCACGAUGUGAUUGACUGUUGUAUUUUUUUGGGAGGGUAGGGUCGUCGGGGUCGAAGAAAGCUGCUUUUGAGGAAACACAGUACCUUACCGGCAAAAUGUGUUCGCGUAGCAGGCAGUCGUGUAGAUUUCGAUUUUGACAGGACUUUGCUCAUUUUGACGGUUUGACGACGGCUUGCGUGCCGUGCAUUUUGCGUCUGUUGCCCUGUAAAGGCAUGUACAGCUGAAGGCCCACCACACAAAAAAAACAUGAACACGAGAGAGGAUGAGAGUAUGAGUAUCAGCGGGGUCCUGUUCAACCCAGCUAUUACGAGGAAGGCUAUGACAUCGCUCUUCACAUUC